AUGAGCUCGAAUCGUUCCAUUGAGGCCUACGAGGCGAUAUCGCGUGCCAUGGAGAGGACUGCCGCCGAAGCCGAGUCUUACCUGAGGGAUCUCAAGAGAGGUUGGACUUUUCGCGUUGCGAGUAUCAAAAUGGUACCAGAAAGCCAUAGGAAACAUUGAAAAUCAGCCUUAGGAACGGAUUUCUUCCAUUUUGACCCAUAGUUUUUCUUAGAGAUUCUUGAAAAGUUUUGGAUUAUUGAAAAUUAGUUUUUUUAGGCAUCUGAAUGGUACCAUGAGCUCGUAGGAAACGUUAAAAUCAGCCUUAGGAACAGAAAAACUCGUCUUCGUUUUUUUUUUCUCAUACAGAAACUUCUUUCCUUCCGAAUUUUUGGAAAAUGUUGGGUUGUCGAAAUAUUUACGUUUCAAGGUUCAAAAUGGUACCGGAAACUAGUAGGAAACGUUAAAAGUUUGCCUUUGAAACGAAUAAUUUAACUUCGGUCACAUAUUUCUUCUUUUUAAACUCGGUCAAGCUUCAAUAAUAUACAAAACAGUUGGUUUUUUGGAAAUUUUCCGCUACAAGGAUCAAAAUGGUACCGAAAACCCGUAGGAAACUUUGGAAAUAUCGCUUGAAAAUUCAGUUUUUUUUAAUCUUUUUUUUUCCUUCCAAAAAGUUUUCUAUUCAAAAAAUCUACAGGGAAGUCCAGUAAAUAGCUCUAGAAAUUUUAAUUUUCAUUCUUAUGAAUCAUACGCUCUAGCUUAUCGCCUUAAAUUCUUGGAGUAUCACGUAUUUUGAUCAAUAAAUAAUCAUUUUUCUGAUUUCAUUGAUUCCAGAAGCUGAAGCGAAUAAGACAAUCAUUGACAUGAGUGGCACGUCGAGAAAGAGGUGAAUAUUGUCUUUAAAAAUACGUUUUCCAUGAAAAAUUAAAAAAUAUAUAUUCCAGCAGCAUCUUCUCAUCCUCCUCGGAGGAGGUGAACUGCUCGCCAUCGGCGUCUAAGACUUCUGGAAUUUCUAAGACUUCUGGAACGUCUCAGACUUCUGGAACUGUAGCCGUGAAAAGUCAAAAGAGCCAGAAAAGCCAAAAAAGCCAGAAAAGCCAGAAAAACGUGCCGAAAACCCUGCCGAAACGUACCUCUGACGAAAUCUCGUGGAUGGUCGGUUGCAAGAAAACCUGAAGAGCUAUUUGAAUGUUUUAGGAAAAGGCCAGGAAAUCGCGGCUUUACAAGUCCCUGGACGGGCGCAAGCUGAUGGUCGUCACGACUUACAAGUCGGACAAGCCUUUCGACGAGGAGGUUCCCAGGGCCAUGGAACGUUACUUGAAGUGAUCUUCACUUUUAAAUUUGAUCAAAUUCAGAUUCUGAACGUUUUUCUCAAUGAUAAUUGGGAACUUAGAGCAUGCUGGAAAUUUUUGAACAUUUUUUUUGGAAUCUUGUAGUUUUCCCUUUUCUUUAAUCAAUAAUUUUUGGAAUUUGCACCAUAACGUCAAGAUUUGGUUUCAGUCGAUUUUUUUUCAUUUCUCUUUCUGAAGAAACUACACUAAUAAGAACUUCAAAAAUCGCUUCAAAAAUUGAAAAAAAAAACCUUUUCAGAGGCCAGAAUAGCACGGCAUCUUCCGUUUCAACUCACUCGACGGCGUCUUCUAAAUGGACUUCACCGACCCCCUCAAUGAAAGAAAACGGCGUCUACUUCCUCUAG